AUGGUAGUAAAUACCCUCUACUAUUAUCUCUAUCGAGGUGGAUGUUGUCACAGUAACAAUGAGCUUAUUGAAGGUAUAAUAGAAGAGAUUAAAAAUUAUGUAUUUGAUGAUCGAGGGAUUACACUUUCUGCGCAAGGUUACAGUGGUAUUCCUUUGCAAGGUGAAACCCCACUAACAAGUAGAAGUGAUGAUCUAUGGAAAAUUAUCGAUGUUCUUUUUAAAAUGAGUGUCGAAUUUGAAGGUCUCGUUUAUCGCGAUAACUUAUUUUUCCGUGAAGCUGAACGGAACGAAGUUCUUCCGAAUUGGGUUAGAUCGCCGGAAGAUUUCACCCAAAGAGUGUAUGGCUUUGAUGGCGUUUUACAUAUUGUCUCACCUGAACUGAAUGCAAAGUUUCCUACAAUGUCCGACAUUGACAUCGUGAGGACGAAACCACGUGAAACUAGAAAUAUUCUUGUGACCGAAGCGGUGAAACAGAGACUGAUGAUUGGUUCAUCUCGAAAUUUUGGUAUGCAAAAAACUAGUGUUAAUCUUCCAAUGGGUUUGGCAUAUAUCGCACAUCAGCGACCUGAAUUACUUAGUGCUGCCAUCAGAGAAUAUGCCAUAACUGGAGGAGACAAGGAUUUGUUUGCGGAGCGAUGUUUAAGCAGUUGUGAUAGAGUUAUGGUUCAUGUUUAUCUGAAUGCUACUGAUUGGCAGACCGUUACCGCAGUAGCUGACAUUGAGAUGCCUCACGAUAUUGUUUCUCACCGUGUAUCUCGUGCUCUCAUAGCGUUUGAUCGCCGACACUCAGCCAUUCAAAACGGUGUCCAUGUUUCAGACGACAUUCAACUUUUUAAAAGAGUUACUGAUGGUUUUGAAAGAGAGCGGCUCAGCUUCUUGUUUUCAACGCUCUUCAAAACUCAAAAUUCUUUCACUCACACUUACCAACUUGCAAAACUCUUUCUAUCGGAAAAGCAUAUUACACAGUGCAGGAAAUUGUUCAAAGGUUUGUAUCGUUUCAGUAUUUCUACACUGUUGGAAGUCUUCAGUACUUCUCUGUAUAAGAUGACGGGUCAUAUAAAAGUGAAAUACCUCAUAGAAUUAAUACCAUCGAAGAUCAUAGCUUUAUGCAUAUAUUUGGCUGUAUGUACAACUAACCUUGUACCAUCGUAUUCCCUUUCCAAAGAUCUUUUUCACCUUAUUUUUUUCAUUUCAUUUUAUCCGUCUUCACGUCUGUUUUGCGGAUCCCAGAAUUUCUCGCAUUCGAUUCGUUUCCUCGGAUACACUGUCCACGAAGAUCUUCUAACUUUUACGUGUGGCUUCAGCUGCUGUUUGAGGAUUUUCAUUUCAUCUUCAAUGUCGUGGAAUACCGGUCGACCAAUUCUUCCUGGAGUCCUCAGAUAG